UGUACUCAAUGGCAUUCGCACGUUCGGCAGCGACUGCCGCUCUGAGAAGCAACGUCUGCCGACAAUGCUCCCGAUCGACAUGGCGGAGCUUCACGCAUGCAGGAGCGACACGGCCAGCAGUGCAGAGAAGCAGCAGCAAGCCCGCGUUCGCCGCAGUUCGAUGGCAUUCUGCGCCGGCCACCAGCUCGAAGGUAUACGACUUCGGCCACGUCAAGCAGCUGAGCCAGUCGCCUUCGAGCGAGUCGAUUCUCGUCGAUGUCCGCGAGCCCGCCGAGUACCAAGCAGGUUUCAUUCCCAACGCCAUCAAUCUGCCUAUCAAGUCACAGCCCGAUGCGCUGUUUCUGCCUGAGGAGGAGUUCGAGGACAGGUUUGGCUUCGAGAAGCCGGCUAUAGACAAGGAGAUCGUAUUCUACUGCAAAGCGGGUGUGAGGAGUAGCGCGGCCGCCCAGCUGGCGCAGCAGCAGGGAUAUCAAAAUGUUGCCGAAUAUAGAGGCAGUUGGCUAGACUGGGAAAAGAAUGGGGGACCUGUGAGCAAGCCGUAGUAGGCGAAUGACUGUUACGGACAAGAUGGACCUCGUCUACGUGGGAAUAUUGGCGACCAGCAUCCAGGACCAUGGAUUUGUAGUCAUGAUAGACGCAAUUGACGUGCACCAACAGUUCAAAUUUAG